AAAGCCGCUGGGUGCCGGCCCCUGGCACUAUCUUUUCUGAGACACUCGCCUUCUCAUAGAGCCCAGCAGGCCUGUAUCAGCCACCGCCUUCUGCCGGGGGGAGCCAGCUGCAGUUUGAAAUGCAAUAGCCUACUCGGUCGGGAUUGAGACUUGAGCAGCAGCAGCCUUGCAUUGCCUUCUCACAUAGGAUGUGUGACUUCUUGAAGCUCCCUGAAGACACGCAAAUGCUCUAGCAGGAUAAAAUUCUACUAGAGUGAACCCCAAGUGAGACAGAAGAAGAGCUUGCCAUGGAGGAUCUCCCCACUAUGGUUAAACUGGACCACAGUGAAAACCAGAUUUCACCAUCUCGAGGCAGAAGAUGCAUCCCCAAGGCACUUGGCUAUGUCACCGGCGACAUGAAAGAAUUCGCUGAAUGGCUUAAAGACAAGCCUGUGGGACUCCAGUUCAUCAGCUGGGUUCUCCGGGGCAUAUCCCAAGUGGUGUUCGUCAGCAACCCCAUCAGUGGCAUCCUGAUCGUGGUGGGGCUCCUGGUCCAGAACCCCUGGUGGGCUCUCACAGGCUGUGUGGGUGCAGUGGUCUCCACCCUGACUGCCCUCUUGCUCAGCCAGGACAGGUCGGCCAUAGCAGCGGGGCUCCAGGGCUACAAUGCCACGCUGGUGGGAAUACUCAUGGCUGUCUUUUCAGAGAAAGGAAACUAUUUCUGGUGGCUGUUAUUCCCUGUAUCUGCUGUGUCCAUGACGUGCCCAGUCUUCUCAAGUGCAUUGAACUCUGUGUUCUGCAAAUGGGACCUGCCUGUCUUCACCUUCCCUUUCAACAUGGCCUUAUCAAUGUACCUGUCAGCCACAGGACACUACAAUGCGUUCUUUCCAAGCACGCUGAUCAUACCUGUAGCCUCCGUUCCUAAUAUCACCUGGCCUAACCUCAGCGCCCUGGAGUUACUGAAGGCUCUGCCAGCGGGAGUCGGACAGAUAUACGGCUGUGACAACCCGUGGACUGGGGGUAUUUUCCUGUUCGCCAUCCUCCUCUCCUCCCCGCUCAUGUGCAUACACGCUGCCAUCGGAUCUUUGCUGGGCAUAGUAGCUGGACUCAGCCUUGCAGCUCCAUUUAAGGACAUCUAUUUUGGACUCUGGGGUUUCAACAGCUCUCUGGCCUGCAUCGCAAUUGGAGGGAUGUUCUUGGCACUCACCUGGCAGACCCACCUCCUGGCUCUUGCCUGCGCCCUGUUCACCGCCUACCUCGGAGGAAGCCUGACAAACCUAAUGGCCAGGGUUGGACUGCCGGCCUGCACCUGGCCCUUCUGCCUGAGCACACUACUGUUCCUCCUGCUGACCACCAAAAACCCCAACAUCUACAAGAUGCCCCUCAGUAAAGUCACUUACUCGGAGGAAAACCGCAUCUUUUACCGACAAACCAAGAAAAGGAUGGUGGACAGCCCUCUGUGAGAGCGACCGCCACCCACAGCCAUGGUCCUGAGUCAUUUCCACCUGCCUGCUUCUCCAUUUCAUCCCCAGGUCCCAACAAACUGUUGUUGUUGAUACUAACCGAUGGGUGAUGUGUUCUUAAGCUCAUUUCCUAUUUUUCAUUUGGACUCCAGGAAUAUCUUCAAGCACAUUAGAGCCACAUCCAGCUAAUGUGCUCUCAUAUAGAAGUUGAAACCCCUGUAGGGGUUGGCACUAAGCCUGUAAAGUAUUUAUAAAGUCAAAACGCUCCAACAGGAAGAGGAAGUAAACCAGGAGCUAAUUAUCUAUAUUUGUUGAUGUCUCGGUGUUUUAUUGGCUGGAAGAUGUUAACAGUAUUACAGAUGAAGAUCUGUGAAAACAAUGAAGCCUGGAAUUCUCACAGAAACAGGCUGUUCUUUUCAAAUCAAUGCAUGUUACACAUUAAAGCUGUGGUCACCACAGCAGGUGCAGCCUGGCCGGGCGCUGGCUCCCCAGGUCGUCAGCAGUGUGGCCUCCCUGCUCCACCAUGUGAGUGUGUGUGUGUGUGUGUGUGUGUGGCAUUCUCUAAGGGAGAUAAUUGGUUUUUUUCAGGCCCACAGAGCUGCAGGAGUAGGGAAGGGAUUUUAUCCAUCAACAUUAUUCUGUAACUGUCACUUUUCUCAGAGAUGGCAAAGGACUUUUAAAGGUAGAGUUUAUAAUUUUUCUUGUGAGAAAAUAUAUGUUUUCAGUGAGUUGGAAAAGUUCCUGGUGUAAUCAAUGCCUAGACAUGUUUAUAAAAUACUCAGCAUAGCUAUUUCUACUCUAAUCCCUUAGUUGAUUCUGCGAAUGCCACAAAGGCAUAGUAUCAUCAACAUCUAAGAGCCCUUAAAAGUCACAUUUCUAACUCACUUAAGGAUGACUGGAGGUUAAGGUCAGAUUGUGUACAGGUGUUAUUUUUAGAAAUUGUUGAAUUUGUGAUGUUAAAAAAAAUAUUUCCUGGCCGGCGCCGUGGCUCAAUAGGCUAAUCCUCCACCUUGCGGCGCCGGCACACCGGGUUCUAGUCCCGGUCGGGGCGCCGGAUUCUGUCCCGGUUGCCCCUCUUCCAGGCCAGCUCUCUGCUAUGGCCAGGGAGUGCAGUGGAGGAUGGCCCAGGUGCUUGGGCCCUGCACCCCAUGGGAGACCAGGAAAAGCACCUGGAUCCUGGCUCCUGCCAUCGGAUCAGCGCGGUGCGCCGGCUGCAGCGGCGGCCAUUGGAGGGUGAACCAACGGCAAAGGAAGACCUUUCUCUCUGUCUCUCUCUCUCACUGUCCACUCUGCCUGUCAAAAAAAAAAAAA